AUGCCAAGGAGACGAAAUGGGGAAAUACCGCUUCCGGAAGGGUGGGAUGUUGCUCAAGAUUUUGAUGGAAAAGUAUACUUCAUUGAUCAUAAUACCAGAAAAACUACUUGGAUCGAUCCCAGGGAUAGUCGGUACAAGCAGGAUGGUGUAAGAUUCGUGCCUUUUAUAAAACCACAAAUUGACAAAAAAAAGUGUUUGGAGUGGAUUCACUUAUCACGAAAAGCAGAUUUAACAGUUGAAAAAAUAAAGAAACAUACUUAUAUUUGUACAAAACACUUUAUUAAUUCAAAUGGACCAACAGCGGAAAAUCCUAAUCCAUUGCCAGCGACAGUUUCAAAGAUUCCUAAAGAUCGUAAAAGACAGCAACGAUGUGUUGAUGAGAACUCAAGCACUGGAAAGAAUAAACGUCAGAAACUUACCUGUUUCACUGCUACUGAUGAUGAAUUAAUCACUGGACAAACUGAUAAUAAAAAUGCUAAUAGUCAUCAAGAAAUUCAAUUAAAUAUUGAUUUAAGCUCUGAGCCCGAAAAUUAUAAUAAUUUUUUAACUCCAAAUAAUGCAGAGCGCGUCGUUGAACCACCUAUGCAAACAGUUUCAACAUGUGAUGCUAACAGUCAAACAGAAGAAGAUACGGAAGUUAAACAAUUAAAAAAGUGCAUUGAAUGUCUGGAGAAAAAAUUAGAGAGUGAAGCCUUCGAUGUCGAUUCAUGUCGGAAUAAUGUCAAAAAAUUUAAAUAUUAUACUGGUUUAAAGCCAGAAGAUUUUGAUACUUUAUGGGAAUUUCUGGGACCUCCUGCUGCUGAAUCAUUGAGAAAGUGGCUUACUACUGAACCUAAAACGAAUCGUGAAUCGUCACGGACACAAACAAAAGUUUCAUUAAAAAAUCAACUUUUUCUAACGUUAAUUCGAUUACAUUCUGGGUUAUUACUUGCUAAUAUGAGCUAUCGAUUUAAUGUUAGCAUUGGAUAUCUCUCUAAAAUUUUUACAACAUUUACGAAGCCUCAAACUUUUGCGGACUGCAUAGGAAAUGAAUUACCCCUUGGAUGGGAAGAAGCUUGUGACAAACAUGUCGGUGCCUAUUAUAUUAACCAUGUCAAUCAAACAACCCAGCUUGAAGAUCCAAGACAAGAAUGGAGAGCUAUCCAAGAAGCUAUGCUUCGAGAAUAUUUGCAAACUGCGCAAGACGUACUUGAGGUUAAACCCCCACGACCGGACUUGAGCUUAAAAGUUAUUAAAGCGGUGAUGAUACAAAUAUCGUACAACUUUAUUAAUACUUAA